AUGUCGACUCAACCCUUACUUCAAAGAACAGCUAAAAAGCGUAUCGCUUUACCUGUACGAGUAGAACCCAAAGUCUUCUUUGCGAAUGAACGAACUUUCUUAUCAUGGCUUCAUUUUGCUGUCGUAUUGGGUGGAUUGGCAGUUGGACUAUUGAAUUUCGGUGACAAGGUUGGAAAGAUCUCAGCUGCAAUGUAUACUGUCAUUGCAUUGGCAGUUAUGCUUUACGCUUUGGUGAUAUAUCAAAUGCGAGCUAGAUCAAUUAGGUUAAGAACUGGUGCUCCUUAUGAUGAUAGACUUGGACCCACUGUACUUUGUGUUUGCUUAUUAGCUGCAAUCGUGACCAACUUCAUCCUCAAAGCAGUAUACGAGUAG